AUGGACGUGGACGUGGACAUGGACGUGGACGUGGACGUGGACGUGAACAUGGACGUUGACGUGGACGUGGACGUGGACGUGGACGUCGACAUGGACGUGGACGUGGACGUGGACAUGGACGUGGACGUGGACGUGAACGUGGACAUGGUCGUGGACGUGGACGUGGACGUGGACGUGGACAUGGUCGUGGACGUGGACAUGGACGUGGACGUGGACAUGGACGUGGACAUGGACGUGGACGUGGACGUGGACGUGGACGUGGAUCUGGACAUGAACGUGGAUGUGGACGUGGACAUGGACGUGGACGUGGACGUGGAUGUGGACGUGGACGUGGACAUGGACGUGGACGUGGACGUGGAUGUGGACCUGGACAUGGACGUUGACAUGGACAUGGAUGUGGACAUGGACGUGGACGUGGACAUGGACAUGGACGUGGACAUGGAUGACUUGGACGUGGACAUGGACGUGGACGUGGACGUGGACGUGGAUGUGGACAUGGACUUGGACGAGGACGUGGACAUGGACGUGGACGUGGACGUGGACAUAGACGUGGACAUGGACAUGGAGGCCUUGGACGUGGACAUGGACGUGGACGUGGACGUGGACGUGGACAUGGACGUGGACGUGGACAUGGACGUGGAUAUGGACGUGGACGUGGACGUGGACGUGGACAUGGACGUGGACAUGGACGUCGACGUGGACAUGGACGUGGACGUGAACAGGGACGUGGACGUGGACGUCGACAUGGACGCGGACGUGGACGUGAACGUGGACGUGGACGUGGACGUAGACAUGGACGUGGACAUGGACGUGGACGUGGACGUGGACGUGGUCGUGGACGUGGACGUGGACGUGGACAUGGACGUGGACGUGGACGUGGACAUGGACGUGGAGGUGGACAUGGACAUGGACGUGGACGUGGACAUGGACGUAGAGGUGGACAUGGACGUGGACGUGGACAUGGACGUGGACGUGGACAUGGACGUGGACGUGAUCGUGGACGUGGACGUGGACGUGGACAUGGACAUGGACGUGGACGUGGACGUGGACGUAGACGUGGACAGGGACGUGGACGUGGACGUGGACGUGGACGUGGACGUGGACAUGGACAUCGACGUGGACGUGGACGUGGACGUGGAAGUGGACGUGGACGUGGACGUGGACGUUGACAUGGACGUGGACGUGGACGUGGACGUGGACAUGGACGUGGACGUGGACGUGGACAUGGACGUGGACGUGGACGUGGACCUGGACAUGGACGUGGACGUAGACGUGGACAUUGUCGUGGACGUGGACGUGGACUUGGAGGUGGACGUGGUCGUGGACGUGGAUGUGGACGUGGACUUCGACGUGGACGUGGAUGUGGACAUGGACGUGGACGUGGACAUGGACAUGGACGUGGACGUGGACGUGGAGGUGGACCUGGACGUGGACAUGGACGUGGACGUGGACGUGGACAUGGACGUGGACGUGGACAUGGAUGUGGACAUGGACGACUUGGACGUGGACAUGGACGUGGACGUGAACGUGGACGUGUAUAUGGACGUGGACAUGGACAUGGACGUGGACAUGGACGUGGGCGUGGACGUGGACGUGGACGUGGACGUGGACGUGGACAUGGACGUGGACGUGGACGUGGAGGACUUGGACGUGGACAUGGACGUGGAUGUGGACGUGGACGUGGAGAAGGACGUGGACGUGGACGUGGACAUGGACGUGGACGUGGACGUGGACGUGGACGUGGACAUGGACGUGGACGUGGACGUGGAGGACUUGGACGUGGACAUGGACGUGGAGGUGGACGUGGACGUGGACAUGGACAUGGACGUGGACGUGGACAUGGACGAGGACAUGGACGUGGACGUGGACGUGGACGUGGACAUGGACAUGGACGUGGACAUGGACGUGGACGUGGACGUGGACAUGGACAUGGACAUGGACAUGGACGUUGACGUGGACGUAAACAUGGACGUGGACGUGGACGUGGACAUGGACGUGGACGUGGACGUGGACAUGGACGUGGACGUGGAGGACUUGGACGUGGACAUGGACGUGGACGUGGACGUGGACGUGGACAUGGACGUGGACAUGGACAUGGACGUGGAUGUGGACGUGGACGUGGACAUGGACGUGGACGUGGACGUGGACGUGGACAUGGACGUGGACAUGGACGUGGACAUGGACGUGGAGGUGGACGUGGACGUGGACAUGGACAUGGACGUGGACGUGGACAUGGACGAGGACAUGGACGUGGACGUGGACGUGGACGUGGACAUGGACAUGGACGUGGACAUGGACGUGGACGUGGACGUGGACAUGGACAUGGACAUGGACAUGGACGUUGACGUGGACGUGGACAUGGACGUGGACGUGGACGUGGACAUGGACGUGGACGUGGACGUGGACAUGGACGUGGACAUGGAGGACUUGGACGUGGACAUGGACGUGGACGUGGACGUGGACGUGGACAUGGACGUGGACAUGGACAUGGACGUGGAUGUGGACGUGGACGUGGACAUGGACGUGGACGUGGACGUGGACGUGGACAUGGACGUGGACAUGGACGUGGACAUGGACGUGGACAUGGACGUGGACAUGGACGUGGACGUGGACGUGGAGGACUUGGACGUGGACAUGGACGUGGAUGUGGACGUGGACGUGGACAUGGACGUGGACCUGGACGUGGACAUGGACGUGGACGAGGACAUGGACGUGGACGUGGACGUGGACGUGGACGUGGACGUGGACAUGGACAUGGACAUGGACAUGGACGUGGACGUGGACGUGGACAUGGACGUGGACGUGGACAUGGACGUGGACGUGGACGUGGACAUGGACGUGGACAUGGACGUGGACGUGGACGUGGACGUGGACAUGGACGUGGACAUGGACGUGGACGUGGACAUGGGUGUGGACAUGGAUGUAGACGUGGACGUGGACGUGGACAUGGACGUGGACGUGGACGUGAACAUGGACGUUGACAUGGACGUGGACAUGGACGUGGACGUCGACAUGGACGUGGACGUGGACGUGGACAUGGACGUGGACGUGGACGUGGACAUGGACGUGGACGUGGAGGACUUGGACGUGGACAUGGACGUGGACGUGAACGUGGACGUGUACAUGGACGUGGACAUGGACAUGGACGUGGACAUGGACGUGGGCGUGGACGUGGACGUGGACGUGGACGUGGACAUGGACGUGGACGUGGACGUGGAGGACUUGGACGUGGACAUGGACGUGGAUGUGGACGUGGACGUGGAGAAGGACGUGGACGUGGACGUGGACAUGGACGUGGACGUCGACGUGGACGUGGACGUGGACAUGGACGUGGACGUGGACGUGGAGGACUUGGACGUGGACAUGGACGUGGAGGUGGACGUGGACGUGGACAUGGACAUGGACGUGGACGUGGACAUGGACGAGGACAUGGACGUGGACGUGGACGUGGACGUGGACAUGGACAUGGACGUGGACAUGGACGUGGACGUGGACGUGGACAUGGACAUGGACAUGGACAUGGACGUUGACGUGGACGUGGACAUGGACGUGGACGUGGACGUGGACAUGGACGUGGACGUGGACGUGGACAUGGACGUGGACGUGGAGGACUUGGACGUGGACAUGGACGUGGACGUGGACGUGGACGUGGACAUGGACGUGGACAUGGACAUGGACGUGGAUGUGGACGUGGACGUGGACAUGGACGUGGACGUGGACGUGGACGUGGACAUGGACGUGGACAUGGACGUGGACAUGGACGUGGACAUGGACGUGGACAUGGACGUGGACGUGGACGUGGAGGACUUGGACGUGGACAUGGACGUGGAUGUGGACGUGGACGUGGACAUGGACGUGGACCUGGACGUGGACAUGGACGUGGACGAGGACAUGGACGUGGACGUGGACGUGGACGUGGACGUGGACGUGGACAUGGACAUGGACAUGGACAUGGACGUGGACGUGGACGUGGACAUGGACGUGGACGUGGACAUGGACGUGGACGUGGACGUGGACAUGGACGUGGACAUGGACGUGGACGUGGACGUGGACGUGGACAUGGACGUGGACAUGGACGUGGACGUGGACAUGGGUGUGGACAUGGAUGUAGACGUGGACGUGGACGUGGACAUGGACGUGGACGUGGACGUGAACAUGGACGUUGACAUGGACGUGGACAUAGACGUGGACGUCGACAUGGACGUGGACGUGGACGUGGACAUGGACGUGGACGUGGACGUGGACGUGGACAUGGACGUGGACGUGGACGUGGACAUGGACGUGGACAUGGACGUGGACAUGGACGUGGACAUGGACGUGGACGUGGACAUGGACGUGGACAUGAACGUGGACGUGGACGUGGACAUGGACGUGGAUCUGGACAUGGACGUGGACGUGGACGUGGACAUGGACGUGGACGUGGACGUGGAUGUGGACCUGGACAUGGACGUUGACAUGGACAUGGAUGUGGACAUGGACGUGGACGUGGACAUGGACAUGGACGUGGACAUGGAUGUGGACAUGGACGUGGACGUGGACGUGGACAUGGACAUGGACGACUUGGACGUGGACAUGGACGUGGACGUGGACGUGGACGUGGACGUGGACAUGGACUUGGACAUGGACGUGGACAUGGACGUGGACGUGGACGUGGACAUAGACGUGGACAUGGACAUGGAGGCCUUGGACGUGGACAUGGACGUGGACGUGGACGUGGACGUGGACAUGGACGUGGACGUGGACAUGGACGUGGAUAUGGACGUGGACGUGGACGUGGACGUGGACGUGGACAUGGAGGUGGACAUGGACGUGGACGUGGACAUGGACGUGGACGUGAACAGGGACGUGGACGUGGACGUCGACAUGGACGUGGACGUGGACGUGAACGUGGACGUGGACGUGGACAUGGACGUGAACAUGGACGUGGACGUGGACGUGGACGUGGACGUGGACAUGGACGUGGACGUGGACGUGGACGUGGACAUGGACGUGGAGGUGGACAUGGACAUGGAGGUCGACGUGGACAUGGACGUAGAUGUGGACAUGGACGUGGACGUGGACAUGGACGUGGACAUGGACGUGGACGUGGUCGUGGACGUGGACGUGGACAUGGACAUGGACGUGGACGUGGACGUGGACGUAGACGUGGACAGGGACGUGGACGUGGACGUGGACGUGGACGUGGACGUGGACAUGGACAUGGACGUGGACGUGGACGUGGAAGUGGACGUGGACGUGGACGUGGACGUUGACAUGGACGUGGACGUGGACGUGGACGUGGACAUGGACGUGGACGUGGACGUGGACAUGGACGUGGACGUGGACGUGGACCUGGACGUGGACGUGGACGUAGACGUGGACAUUGUCGUGGACGUGGACGUGGACUUGGAAGUGGACGUGGACGUGGACGUGGACGUGGACGUGGACGUGGACUUCGACGUGGACAUGGAUGUGGACAUGGACGUGGACGUGGACAUGGACAUGGACGUGGACGUGGAGGACUUGGCCCUUACGCUACGCCCUUGA